AAAAUGGCACAAAGCUCGCUGCCGCUGCUGCUGCUGCUGCUGCUACUGUGGCUCUUCGACACAUCAUUCGCGGGAUUUCCUAAUCAGAUUAAUAUCGGGGGUCUCUUCAUGCGCUCCACCGUGCAGGAGCACAGCGCCUUCAGGUUCGCGGUACAACUCUACAACACCAACCAAAACACCACCGAGAAGCCGUUCCACCUGAACUACAACGUGGACAACCUGGAGUCGUCCAACAGCUUCUCGGUCACCCACGCGUUUUGCUCCCAGUUCUCCCGUGGAGUGUACGCCAUUUUUGGAUUCUACGACAAGAAGUCCAUGAACACCUUGACGUCAUUCUGCGGAGCUCUUCAUACCUCCUUCGUCACACCCAGUUACCCCACCGACAACGAGGUGCAGUUCGUCAUCCAGAUGCGUCCUGCGCUCCGAGGGGCGGUCCUAAGUUUGAUCUCUCACUACAAGUGGCAGAAGUUUGUCUACCUCUACGACACAGACCGAGGCUUCUCCAUACUGCAGGCCAUCAUGGAGGCAGCGGUGGCCAACAACUGGCAGGUGACCGCUCGCUCCGUCAGCAGCGCCACCGAUGGGGCAGAGUUCAAACGCAUCAUCGAAGAGAUGGACAGGAGGCAAGAAAAGCGCUUUGUGAUUGACUGUGAGGUGAACAGGAUCAACACCAUAUUAGAGCAGGUCGUGGCCCUGGGGAAGAACAGCCGUGGCUACCACUACAUUCUGUCCAAUCUUGGAUUUUCUAAUGUGAGUCUGGACAAAGUCUUUGCUGGAGGAGCCAACAUUUCGGGCUUUCAAAUAGUCAACCCUGAGAACCCCAUUGUGCAGCAGUUUAUGCAGCGCUGGGAGCGGCUAGAUGAAAGAGAAUUCCCAGAAGCACGCAAUGCUCCUCUGAAGUACACUUCGGCACUGACACAUGAUGCCAUCCUGGUGAUAGCAGAGGCCUUCCGGUACCUGCGGCGCCAACGUGUGGACGUCUCUCGCCGCGGCAGUGCCGGAGACUGUCUUGCCAAUCCCGCCGUACCUUGGAGCCAAGGCAUCGAUAUCGAGAGAGCUCUCAAAACGGUCCAAGUGCAGGGGAUGACUGGCAACAUCCAGUUUGACAACUAUGGCCGUCGGACCAACUACACCAUAGAUGUGUAUGAGAUGAAGAUAGGUGGGCCACGGAAGAUCGGGUACUGGAACGAGUUCACACGCUUUGUAAAUAUAAUGGACCCGCAGGUCACCAACGACUCCUCAGUGGAAAACCGAACCAUUGUGGUCACUACUAUUAUGGAAGCUCCUUAUGUGAUGUACAAGAAAAAUUAUAUGCAUCUGGAGGGGAAUGACAGAUAUGAAGGCUACUGCGUCGAUUUAGCAUCUGAGAUUGCCAAACAUGUUGGAAUUAAGUACAAACUGUCUAUAGUAAUGGAUGGGAAGUAUGGAGCCCGAGACCCCGAGACCAAGGCAUGGAACGGGAUGGUGGGUGAACUGGUCUAUGGGAGAGCAGAUAUAGCUGUUGCACCUCUCACCAUUACUCUGGUUCGAGAGGAAGUGAUAGACUUUUCCAAGCCCUUUAUGAGUUUGGGCAUCUCCAUUAUGAUAAAGAAGCCUCAAAAGUCCAAGCCUGGCGUUUUCUCCUUCUUGGAUCCACUGGCCUAUGAGAUAUGGAUGUGUAUAGUGUUUGCCUAUAUUGGGGUGAGCGUGGUUCUGUUCCUGGUCAGUCGGUUCAGUCCUUACGAGUGGAACCUUGAGGAGCAGGAUGAGACCAAAGACCCUCAGACGCCCCCUGAUCCUCCCAAUGAUUUUGGGAUUUUCAAUUCUCUCUGGUUCUCGUUGGGCGCCUUCAUGCAGCAGGGCUGUGAUAUCUCCCCAAGGUCUCUCUCAGGCCGUAUAGUCGGUGGUGUGUGGUGGUUCUUCACCCUCAUCAUCAUCUCAUCCUACACAGCCAAUCUAGCUGCCUUCUUGACAGUGGAAAGGAUGGUCUCUCCGAUAGAGAGUGCUGAAGAUCUGGCAAAGCAGACAGAGAUAGCAUAUGGCACUCUGGACUCAGGUUCCACAAAAGAGUUUUUUAGGCGAUCAAAAAUAGCCGUAUAUGAGAAGAUGUGGUCGUACAUGAAAUCAGCCGAACCCUCAGUGUUUGUUAAGACCACACCCGACGGCGUGGCCCGGGUACGAAAGUCAAAGGGCAAGUUCGCUUUUCUCCUCGAAUCCACCAUGAACGAGUACAUCGAGCAGCGGAAGCCCUGCGACACCAUGAAAGUGGGUGGGAACCUCGACUCCAAAGGAUACGGAGUGGCGACGCCCAAAGGCUCAGCAUUAAGAAAUGCUGUUAACCUGGCAGUUUUAAAACUGAAUGAGCAAGGCCUGUUGGACAAAUUGAAAAACAAAUGGUGGUACGACAAGGGAGAGUGCGGCAGCGGGGGAGGUGACUCCAAGGACAAGACAAGUGCUCUCAGCCUAAGCAAUGUGGCUGGAGUCUUCUAUAUUCUGGUUGGAGGGCUGGGGCUGGCCAUGAUGGUUGCCCUCAUAGAGUUUUGUUAUAAGUCACGGCAAGAAACCAAACGGCUGAAAUUGUCCAAGAGUGCUCACAAUUUUAAGCCGACUCCCGCAACCAACACCCAGAACUUUGCCACAUACAGAGAAGGCUACAAUGUAUAUGGAACAGAGAGUGUUAAGAUUUAGAGGUUAAUCAAAUGUUUCCAUCAUCCCGUACAAAUGUGAUUAAAUAUCUCUGAAAGGACAAGGAUCACGAGAAGGGAGCAAAAUCCUUUUGGGCUGGACACUGGUAUGAUCAUCUGCAAUGACGACACGACUGGACCAGUC